AGACAUGUUUAGUUUGAUUGAAAUCAAUUAGAGAAAGAGUUAUUGCCGUAGUUAUCCCAUUUUAGCCACGGGGUUUUUGGACUACAUUUCCCAUCUCACACUCGGUGUUUCGCGUACGCAGGUUCACGAGCUCCUUACCGACCCCAACAGCAGCUGGGGCAGCCAACCACUUUGUUGAACGGGAACUCGUUAGAAAGAGACGGUCGUGGAAAAAUCGUUGGAAAAGUGUAAAAAGACUAGAAAACAGCGGAAUUAAACUGUUUUGAAGCAUUGUUACUUUGUCACCUGAAGAACGGAAACCGUCGUCGCUUUUCGCCGGUACCGAGGAUAACACACAACUUCCCAAAGAGGAAUUCACUCAUUCAGGAUGUCGGAGUGAAACAAAGAAGUCUGAGGGUAUUCCUGUCGGAAAGGGGCUGAACUUCAUCCUUGUGGCCUUCUCUGAAUGGGAAAGAUGGAAAGGGAGUUACAAUGGUGGAAAGGACAGCUAGCAGGGGAUAUCCAUCAGUCCCUCCGUAUCAAGGAGUUGAAGCUGCCUGUGUACCGGGCCCACUCCCCUCAGAUAGGGAUGCGUCGGUACUUUGCAGACCUGCUGGCCAUACUGUCGAACCGCUACCAGCUGUGUCCUACAGCCAGACACCUGUCUGUCUACCUACUGGACCUGUUCAUGGAUCACUACGAUGUGGCCGUCAAACAGCUCUACGUCAUCGCUCUGUCCUGCCUGCUCCUUGCCAGUAAGUUUGAGGAGAGGGAGGACCGGGUACCUAAGUUGGAACAGCUCAACUCCCUGGGCUUCAUGUGUUCUCUGAACCUUGUUCUCAACAAGCGAGACCUCAUGAAGAUGGAGCUGCUCCUGUUGGAGACGUUCAGCUGGAACCUGUGUAUGCCCACCCCGGCCCACUUCAUAGACCACUACCUCCAGGCCUCGGUGCAGGAGGGAGACCUGUACAACGGCUGGCCUCUCUCCUCCCUCUCCAAGACCAAAACCUUUAUGGACAAAUACACACACUACUUCCUGGAGGUGUCACUGCAAGACCAUGCGUUCCUGAGUUUCCGGCCGUCUCAGGUGGCGGCAGCGUGCGUAGCGGCGUCUCGUAUCUGUCUCCAGAUUUCUCCUAGCUGGACCACGUCUCUACACCUACUGACUGGAUACACCUGGGAACACCUCACACACUGCAUCAAACUCAUGCUGCUUGCUCAUGACAACGAUGUGAAGGAGGCCAACAAACCAAAAUCCACCCCUCCGUUGUCUUGCUCCUCCUCUCUCCAGUCCCACCCUCCUCCCUCCCACCUCUCCCCAGUCCAGAGACCAGCUACCUCCUCCAACCCCCAGCAGCUCCUUUUCCAGCCUGGCCCAGUGGGCUUCCCUCACCUCUCCCAGCACUCUCCCUCCCUGUCCCAGCUCCACGUGCUAGCUGACUCCCAGGCUUUGGGGCCUGCUGUGGUCAACAUGUCCCAGGACAUCCUCCAAAGCCACAGGAUGGGGCUGCUCACUGGGGCCAACACCAUGACCUCCACAGCAGGGACCUUCCCCUCCUAUCCUAGCCUGACUUCGGGGCUGCUCACUGGGGCCAACACCAUGACCUCCACAGCAGGGACCUUCCCCUCCUAUCCUAGCCUGACUUCGGGGCUGCUCACUGGGGCCAACACCAUGACCUCCACAGCAGGGGCCUUCCCCUCCUAUCCUAGCCUGACUUCGGGGCUGCAGCCUGGGGCUCGGGUGGCACCGCUGGCGUUGCAGGGCCCCAUCUCCAUGCAGGUAGCGUUGGCUGCGGAGCCGCGACACUGCCUCAGCAUGGCCUACACCGGAGGGUACCUGGGGGCCGUGGGCCCCCACCACACCUUCACGUCAGCGGGCUGCUUCGACAGGUGACGCCAGGAGACGGAGGAGAGGGUGAUCAGCAAACCACCCCGAGCCAGGGACAGGGAGCGCUGCAAUCCUCUUCCCUCACUACUUCCCCUCCUCUCCGCUCCCUGGCAGACCUCCUCUCCAUCUCCGUCAACACCCCGUCCCCCCCCUCUGCCGCACCCCGCCCUGCGCCCCCCACCCUCAGACAGAGACGGAGAGAAAGACGGCUAAAACACAAGCAAAGGUCAAAGGGCACCGAUGACCCCGUGGAGGUCAUCACACUGACAUGACACCUGAUGUCACUGCGACGUCACUGACUGACUGUUGAACGCUGUGUUCCGAUUCCCGUCGCAGAAACCUGGUUCCAAGGCAGAAGCAUUAACCCACUGUGGAAUGGUCACCGUAUGUCCCUGGUUACGAUGCUGUUAUCACUGUGAACCAGAGGCUAUGCAGCAUGAUUCCUCCUCAGUGCCUCCUGGGUUUUGACCAGAGUGAUGUCUGUCUGUCUGUGAAUUCAGCUGAAGAUGAAGUGCUGCUGGAUCUCUCUCACUCUGAUCCAAAAAAAAAGAUCAACUCAACUGAAGAUGAGUAAUUGGCCAGUAAAGUGACAUAUUGAGCUGCUGACUUGAGAACAGUGGUAUGAAGUGUUAUAAGUAGACCUACCAGUGAGUUGAAGAGGCUGUGUGUCACUUGCUAUGUCAGCCUUAUAUCACUCUUAUGCCAGUGAAUAAAGGGAUUAUGUCACUCGUGACUAAGUGCUCCAGGGGCAUUCUGAGAAUUCCUACCCAAAAUCCUCUCUGGCUGGGGAGGGGAGACCACAGAGUUCAUUGUUCUGUCACAGCAGGGGAAAUCCAUAGUUUUUAACAUAGCUGUCAUGUUUUGGCUUUCUCUUCUUUCAUCCUUCCCCCUUCCUCCCUCCUUGUCACCUCUCCUUACAGUGAUGGUUCCAACCACCAAGUCUCGUAGUGAGGGUUAAAGGGUUAAAGAGUGAAGCUUUGUUUUCCACGUCCUUCCACUCAGACUUCAAGUGGAAGUGAACUGACAUGGAAUGCUCAUGGUGAAGGAGACUUGGAAACAUAGAAAUAGAAUGAUUGGCAUUCUAAUUCUAUGCUUAGAACUUUGUUGAAGUAGAUAAUGAAAUUCUGCUGCCUUCUAUUAGAAGUGAUGGUUCUGUGUGAGCUGAAGACUUGUUUCCAUGAACCACAGCGUGUAUCAGGGACUUGAUUUCACGGAUUACUUGAAUACGAUGCCAUUGAAACGUGCCGUAGCUUUUUAUUUAUAUGGACACAUUUAUUCGUUGUUGCUUUAUUUUGUAUUCUUUGGUGAAGUAAGUUUAGUUUUUAGUUGUUUUUAUACCAGCGUGUAAUGUUUUUUUCUGUGCCCUUGUAUAACUGUAUGUUCAGGCUCAGGUUAGGCUGUGAAUAUCCAAUCAGCCGUCUCCUUAUUGCUGAGGUUACCCAAUCAGCUGUCUUCUUACUGUGUCCUAUUGAGUGUGCUUUAAGUAGAUACUAGCAUGGCACCCAGGAGGGUUUCUCACUUAUCUACCUCUCUGAGGAAGAGGACCUGAAUUUUUAAAUAACAUACUAAGAUAUAUAAACAAACACCAAAUUUGCAUCCUGGUAGAAUCUGUGACCUUCCAGACGAUGAAACACACAGCCCAUCUGCAGCUUGUCAUUACUAAUUGCUUCCCACAUUCCCAGCACUGCUUUUCCCCAUACUUCCACUUCCUGUUGGAACGUAAACACAUCCAGAUUCCCCUUCUGGGUCACAGGGGGUCUCGCUGGUUACCGUGGCGAUGGCCAAAAAAAUCUAAAUCAGGGGCUCACUCAGAAAGAGAGUUACUUGGAGCGUUACAGAAUGUUUAGAUACCCAUAGCUGAUCUAAACAGCACAUUUAUAUCUGUUGUGUAGAGCAGGGAAUAGUGGAAGCUCUAUAAAUCACAUUUCUAUCUACAACGAUGUAAACUUCCGGUCCUUUUCUCUGUCCGUAUGCUAUUGAAUGUGUAUGUUUUUACUAUGGUUGUACCUUGUCCCCAGCAGUUUUCACACUUGAACUAUGCUGAUACUACUAAGGCUGUGUUCUGUAUAGGUUAUAUAGGUUUUUAUGUUCUGAUUCUCAAUGUUCUAGGCUUAGAUAUCAGAGAUUUAUUUAAUUGAACGCUGUAUGAAACUUGCUUAAGCAAGUUAUCUGUCAAGCAUCUGAAAUGUGUCUAAACCUUUUUAUAGCAUGAACAUACCUUACUGUAGUCUAGAUAGUAAUUUACUAGAAAUGGGAAUGAAGGGCUUACGAGAGAAUGUUACCAGCAACCAAAUGUAUCUUUCUGCCUGAUCUCUUCUGAACUAUGUCAAUCUAUCCAGACUCGCUCACUGUACGGUCAUCACUACUUUUUAUAGACAAAGGGAUUCUGUCUUUUUUUGUUAACUCCAGUUUAUUUUACAUUCCUACUAUUUUAAGUGUGUUUGAUUUACUCCUGAUCGUCCUGUGUUUUAAUAUAGAUGGAUGCAGUCGGUGUGGAGUAGUGGGUCAUAUUCAUUAGGCACCAAACGGAAGAAAACGGACAAACAGGGAGGGACUAUAUGAACUUGUCCAAUAAGAAAGUUUUUUUUUUUUCUGUUUGCAAAACGUUUUACUACGGUGUGACCUAAUGAAUAAGACCCUGUUUUAGAUAAAGAACUCAAGUCUUCCUUCACUAAAAAAGCUACUUCUCACCGAGGUCUCAAGGUGCAAUAUGUUUUUGUUGGUAGAACCAUAACCAUUAGAAUGAUUCCUUCUAUUUCUAUGGAUAGAAGACUUCUCUCACAGCUGUCACUGUCUUGAGUAUAGCCCUCACUACUGGUUCAUCUUUUAUAACUUAAUUAUUUGACAUUAUUAUUGUGUGAUUUGACUCGACGUUGAUCCUUGCUGCCAGAAAGCCGAGAGCUCUGAACACUAUGUUGCACAUUGCAGCCUUGAUUGGUGUACUGUACGUGUUGCUAUAGCGAUACUGUGCAUGUUUCUAUGUCCACAGAACUGUGCUGAGAAACACACACACACACACACAACCACACUAUUUGUCUAAUGAAAUGACACCAGAAAUGUCCCACGUCUAUUUUUGUAAAGCUGUUUUUGUAGUCUUUGUUGAAGUGACACAGAGAAGUUUCUUUUUUUUAUCCGAUGAGCCAUUGAAAUAAACAACAAAAAAUA